CGUCUGAAGAGCCCGUCCUCCAGAGCGAUGUUCUACCAUGCCUCCAUCGUAGGGAAGGAGGCCCAUCAUUUCUCCUUGCCCCAAGGAGCUUCCAUCACCAUCCCUCCUAAGGGACGUUGUGUGGAGGUGACCGUGCAGUACUCCUGUUCCUUCCUGAGGCCAAUGGAGGCGGUGCUACUGCUGACAUCACGCUCUGCCUCCUCAGUCAGUCCCUCUGGAGCCACUCUGGCCUUCAGCCUCAAGACCCAGGUCACACACAUCACCCCCAGCGGGAUAGUGAAGUGUAAAUCUCCAUGUUACCAGCUGAAGGAGCUCCAACUUAAAGUAAAAAACCCUUUCAGCAAGGAUGCCACGUUCAGGGUGGUGUUGGUAGAGUCUAAAGCCAACAUGCUGCAGGUGGAGAAGAGUCAGGAGAGCCUCAUUCAACAGUUCUCCUUUAGGACCAACCCAAGCUCAGACAACAACACCAGUCUUUCUACAGAUAGGUUGAAUGGUGGAACUGACUGUGGUGAGUGGGAGGACAGUGACCUUCACUGUGAUCCUGCAGAUGAGUGUGGUGUGAAUGAGUUCUUUAGUCCUGUCAGGAGUGUGAGUCUGGCGGCUGGACAGACAGAAACCAUAGAGCUCCACUACCUGCCCUUCCACCUGGGGAAAAGACACUGCUCCGUCCUGCUAGUCAGCCAGCAGGUUGGUGAGCAGGUGUAUCUUGUGGAGGGGACAGCAGAUCUUCCCCUGUCCUCCCCUCUGACCACAAAGCCCAGUCCUAAUGUAGUCCAUGUUAGCAGCGCCACCUCUGAUGGUGCUGAUCCCAGGCCUGCGGUGAACCUGCGUUGCGGCGUGGGCAGCACCCUGGAUGAGGUGGUGUGUGUCCCCCUGGUUAACGGGCUGUGGGAGCGGGCGCUGGCCACAGUGGGGCAGCAGAGGAUGAGCCCUGUGGAGAAGAAGAGGCGCAGCCUCACACACACUCUGGACAGCAGCACCGUCCGGGCCAGGGUGGCGGCCGCUGCUCUCACCACCUCACAGUCCCUGCUGGUCCCUGGUCCAGUCCAGUCUGACCGUCUCUCUCCUCUCCUCCAGUCCCUGCUGGUCCCUGGUCCAGUCCAGUCCCAGGUGUCCCUGCUGGUCCCUGGUCCAGUCCAGUCUGACCGUCUCUCUCCUCUCCUCCAGUCCCUGCUGGUCCCUGGUCCAGUCCAGUCCCAGGUGUCUCUGCUGGUCCCUGAUCCAGUCCAGUCUGACCGUCUCUCUCCUCUCCUCCAGUCCCUGCUGGUCCCUGGUCCAGUCCAGUCCCAGGUGAUAGAGUACAGUGUGAAUGUUUCUCUACCGGAACACUUCCUCCUGCCUCGUACCAUCACUCUGCCUGUGGCCAGGGACGCACAUGUCACACAGGACAACCUCACAGACUCUGAGGUGGUGAUGGUACCACUGAGGUUCCAUGCCCACGUGGCCGGUCGGUUCCGGUGCCAGCUGGUUCUGCAGUCGUGGCGUGACAUCAGAGUCUACCUGCUGGAAGCCGUGGUUACCGCAGAGGGAGACCACGCCCAGCUAGAGUUCACCACGCCCGCUCACCUGUCUGUCACUCAGGACAUCCCUCUGAUCAAUGAGAGCAGACAGGACUGGCGUCUGCGAGGCUUGGUUAGUGGCUGUGGCUUCUACGGCCCUCCUGUGGUGUACAUACGGGCCGGGGAGAAGACCUGUUACCCCCUUACCUUUAGACCCACCACACAGAGCAUCGUCACGGUGUUUCUGUCUAUCUUCGGGGGUCUGUGA